AUGAAGUUCACCGCCAUCCUCAUCUCCGCCUUCGCCGGCCUCGCCCUCGCGGCUCCUCAGCCCCAGGAAGCAACUCCAUCAGCACUCACGAGCUCCUUCUCCGUCUCCUCGACCGUCGUCCUCUCCGACGCCAGCACCACCGUCUCGCUGACUCCCGUCCAAACCUGCCUCGCCGCCUGCCCCAUCGAAGACGUCACCUGCAAGGCCCGCUGCGUCGGCGCCGCGCGCCCGAACGAAUCGCAGGUGAACCAGACGAACGAGUGCGUUGCGCAGUGUGACCAAGGCGAUGGCUCGCCCGCCGCGACGGAGCGCUACAGCCAGUGCACGCAGAACUGCAUUGCGAGCUACUACCCGUCGACGCAAACAGUUGGCGGAGUGGUCGGGAGCGGGGCGAGCACGGCCGCGAGCAAUGCUGCGAGCGUGACGAGUGGUGCUGCUGCUAGUGUGUCGUCCGCUGCUGCUAGCCUUUCUGGUGGUGAGUGCUUGUUGCGUUUUGGUAUGGAGGACUAG